AUGGCGAAGUCGCUCCUGCUCAACGCGCUGCAUGACGCGCUGUCGGACUAUGUGGUUGGACUUUCGCCCGAGCGCCUCAAGGUCGGGGUGUGGUCGGGCAAGAUCGUGCUGGAUGAGCUGCAGGUGGAUAUCCCGUGGGCACACCUGGGGAGCAGGCCAGUCAAGGUUCUCCUGCAAGGCGUCAGCGUGUUGGUGGGUCCGGUGGAUCGGAACUCUUGGGGGGACCUCGAGGUGCGAGAGAGGCGUCUUGGCAUCAAGAGGGCCGCCCUCGAGAAGGCGGAGAAGGAGGAGGAGGAGAAGCGCAAGCACGGGGGGAAGGGGAACGACGACGAUAAGAAGGGAUUCGUGGACAAGCUGGUGCAGCGAAUCGUGGACAACAUCGAGAUCAACGUGGCCGACAUCCACAUCAGGUACGAGGACACGGUGCUGGUGCCGGGGCAAACUGUGUCGGCAGGGGUGUGCCUGGAGUCGUUCGUGGUGACCACCACCGACGAGGACUUCGUGCCGCAGUUCGUUGACCGCACGGGUUCGGGAGGCCAGCACACCAAGGUACAUAAAAUGGCCCGUGUGGAAGGCUUCUCAGUGUACUGGCGAAUCGACGACAAGGAGAGGUUCGCGUUGCUUCCCACGGAAAGGAGGAGCAGUGCGCUUCGGGAUUUCGUGGCGCAGCAGGCGGUAGCCCCGGCGGGGGACAGCGGGGGCGGGUUGGAGAGGGGAGACCUGAUUCGUCCGACCGGCGCCGUUCUCAAGUUCGUCCACUCCGACGACCCUGAUGACAAGACGGGGCCCAAGUUCGAGGCUUCGUUUGAAAUGGACGACGUCAAGAUGGACUUCCGCGCGGAGCAGUACGAACAGGCGCUCUCCCUGAAGGACUCCGCAGCGGCCCUCGCCAACUGGCAGAUGUUCUUCCCCUACCGCCCCAAGACUACCCCGAAGGAGGACCCUAGGGCUUGGUGGAGGUAUGCGUUCGUGUGCGUCAGGGGAAAGCCGGACGGCUGGACGAACUUGAACAAGGUGCUCAUGUCAAGGAAAUCGUACCUCCCUCUGUUCGAGAAGCUGACUGCCGCUGCGAACAAGCACGGAAAGUCUUCGUCCAAGCGGCAUCUGUCGCCGCUCACCGAGCAGGAGCAGUGCAGGCUUGACGAGCUCGAGGAGGAGCUGCCCCUGCAGGCCAUCGUCAUGUUCCGGACAAUGGCGAGGAAAGAGCUCAAGCGCAAGCGAGACGAAGAGAAGGCCAAACGAGGGGAACAUGACAAGGAGAGUGAUGACAAGAAGGGCGGGGGGUGGUGGAGCAACCUUUGGGGAGGCGACGACGGCGACGAUACCCCCGUACAGGAAGAGGGCGACGUGGCGAUCAAGGACCUCUCGAAAGGCAUCGACGACGACGCGGAAUCCAAGAAGGUGCCCCCCGACUACCUCCAGGUGCGGCUGACCGUUCGCCCUCACGGGUCGAUGAGGCUGUACGGGCGGCGCGAUCUGCCUUUGGUGGAGGCCUCGAUGGCCGCCUCGGCCACGGUGGAGCUGCGGGAAGACGCCUCGAUGGCGUUCAGCUUCCGCCUUUCCCAGCUGGACGUCCUCGAUCUCUUCACCCAAGGAGCAGUGUUCCACCACAUGCUCAAGGUCGGCGGCCAAGACGAGACUGCCGAGACCGAUACCCCGGGACUUGUGAAGGCCAGAGCGAAGGUCGCCGCCACCGUCGCUGUUGGAGCAAUCGGGGCAAUCAAGACCGGGAAACCGGACCAUUCGGCGGGGCAGGAGGUGGGAGAGGGAAAUAUCCUGGCCUGCGUGAACGUGUCCAUGACCAAGACCACGCUGGCGGUGGCUAUCUGUGCGCUGCCUACCGACGUCGCGUACAACAGGGAAGUCGUGGACGCGGUCGUGAGCGUGUUCAGCGCCCGCCAGGCGGAGACGGAGGCGGCCAAGUCCAGCGCCUCCAAGGGGCUGGAGGCUGCACAGCAGAAGACCAAAGAGCUGGCGACCCUGGCGAUCACCAUCUCCCUGGACGUGGCGGCACCCAGGGUCGUCGUUCCUGUGUCAUCCUCCCGUGACAGCGGCUUCGUGCUCCUGGAUAUGGGUCACAUGCUGGUCGCAGGGGGCACCGUGGAUGGCGGGGGCAUGGCGUACACGGCCGAGCUCAGCGACAUGAACGUCAGGCUCCCCGCUAAGAAGGCGCUGCUGGUCAAGGGGACCGAAGACGCAGUGGUCGAACCGUUCAAGAUCAAGGUGGACGCAGCCAUGGGCGGAGGGGUUUCCAAGCCUGGGAUGGCGGUGGCGGUGGAGGUGAUGCCCGGGGUGAAGGGCGUCAUGUCCCCGGCGAAAAUCCGCGGCCUGUUUCGCGUGCUGGACUACGUCACCAAGGCCGACCUAAAGGCGGAGGGUGGCCCAGGCGAACCGCCGGUGGGUCUUGCUGCACCCAAUACUGCCCCAGGGGGCGGGAGGGUAGGGGUCGAGCGGAUGGGAGACGAAGGGCUGGUGGCGUUGGAGGGGAGCGAUGGCACAGAGGAGGACGGGGACGAAGUUGCCAAGCCAGAGCCGCAGGUGGCAAUGGAGCUGCACAUGAAGCUCCCCACGAUCGCGCUGCUGAUGGUCGAAGACGAUAAGGAUGCCGUGAACAAGGAUAGCGGAUUGCUCAUGGAGGCGGCUGGCAUGUCAAUGGAUGUCAAGACCACCAAGCGCGACAUGACUGUACAGCUCCACCUGGAUGCCGUGACGGUUGAGGACAGGGCCCGGCCGGACGACUCUCCGUUCAGGUACAUGAUCCACUCUACACCGGACGAGACGUCUCACGGCGGUCUGAUACAUAUCACGUAUUGGACCUCCACGGGAGGGGUGGCCCUUGUGCCGCCGGCGUCGAUCGUGGACACGAACCAAAGGGAGUACGACAUGGUCGUGGAUGCUCGGUUCAGCACGCUGCAGAUGGCACUCGACAGGGAAUCUGUCGUCAAGGCCACCCCGUUCUACAAGUCGGUGACGAGGCAGGACAGGGACCAAGACCAGGCAGUUGCGGCGGGGACGACGGGCGGUGGUGGUGGCAGGCGUUCCAAGAAGCCGAAGAGCCGGAUAGACGACGCCCGCUCUGUCUUGUCGGCUGGCUCUCGGGUCGUCGGCGUGGCCAAGCGCAUCGCGUCGAAAGACUCCGGGCAGAAGGCCAUGCUCGCCAAGGCUUCGCUCACCUCAGUCCAAUUCGAGCUCGUGCGAUCGAACCCCUGGGAGACCGUGAUGCGGGCGGGUAUCUCGGGCCUGGACGCGAGCUUCAGUGCCAACGAGGAAGGGGGGCGCGCUAUGAACGCAGCGGUGACCCUCACCGACAUCCUUCUCACGGACGUCCGCCCUGAAGCGAAGGACAACGCAUACAAGAUGAUUCUUGCACCCUUGGUAGCGCUGCCGACAGAAUCAGCGGCAACGGUUUCUCAGGAUGAAGAGGGAGACGACAGCGGAGACAGCCCCGGAAAACGGGCAAGAAGCGAGAAAUCUAGCUCGGCCGAGGCCGAUGUUGGCGAGGGUGGUGAGGAUAGCGCCGAGAGAGGCCCCCUGAUCGCUGUAACGGCGAAGAUGGACAGCGACAGCGGGAACAUGGAUGCGGAGGUUAAACUGGCGAGCUUCGCGUGCAACCUCAUGGUGGAGCCCAUCACGGAAUCCCUGGUGGUGAUGAACGAGGUUAAUGCGGCCCUGAUCAAAAUGUUUGCAACAAAGGCGAAGAGCGACGGCAACGAGAAUGCUGCUGGCGAGAGAGGAGCAUUAGAGGGCGGCGCAAGCGGCCCAGAUUCUACGUGGACGCUUGAUGCGGUGGACGAAGAAGGAGAGUACGAAUCUGAGAUCGCGUCUGCAGCAGCAGACAGCAGUGCUUCAGCGAGGGAGCGGGACGAGGGAAAAGCUCCUGGAUUAAGCUCGUCUACAGAGAUUUCCCCUGGCUACCACGGUGACGCUGAUAAGACGGGAGGAGGCCGGGCACGGGGAGAAAAGGAGUCGGAGGUGGCGGCGUUGUCGUUGACGAUUUGCGCGCGUUUGGAGCUGGACGACUGGAGGAUCAAUCUCAUCGAGGAGCCUUCUAAGGCGAGCAGCAAGGUCGUCGUGCUCCGCGCAAGCUUGAUGGCGUUAUUCACGCGCUCGGUCACCUCGGGGGAAGGAGGGGACAGCACGGAAGACACGCUUCACCUGUCGCUCUUGAAGACCGAGUCUCUGGUCGACAACCCUGCCGUGUCCAGCGGCGGCGUCGUGAGCGCCGACAGGAGGAUCAGCCAAGUGCUAGAGCCCUUUUCCGCAGAAGCGCACGCCACGCUUUUGUCCGCACGGGGAUCACUGCUCUCGGCGAAACUGCACGUGAUGGCCGAGGCUUUCGACGCCCGGCUUUCGUACACAGAUAUGAUGCUGAUAAAGGGAAUCGCGGACCAAGCGACUGCUGCUCCUGAUAAGGCGGCUUCUGCAUCAAAGGCUGAUGCCGAUGGUGCUGGUGACUCGAAGAUCUACCAGGACGGAGCUGGUGAGGAUGGGGAAGUUGGCAACAGAAUCAGCAUUUUGCCUGAGACCUACCAAAACGCAAGCGAUCCGCUGGCUGAGACGAGGGAAGAUGCGCGCGCCGCGGCUGUGAGGGCGGCGGGGAGGGCCGGCAUGCAGCCAUCCACCAUGGCCGCGGUGUCGCUGUCAGCCACCUGCUUGAUGGCCAGGGUGGUGCUCGUGAACGACUACGAGGGGCAGGGUGUACCCGUGCUUAGCUUCUCAUCGCGGCGGCUGAAGGCGGAAGGGAGUGGGUUCAAGGAAGACUUCUCCGUUGAGCUCGGAGGGGUCAUAGAAGUGUCGUUCUUCAACGUAAGGGUGGUGAGAUGGGAGCCCCUGUGCGAACCGUGGCAGCCGGUGCUGACCGCCGCAGUGGGGAUGGACUUCCAGGGGAGACAGACCGUCCAGAUCAAGCUCGCGUGUGAAGAGGUGGUGGUGUUUGACGUUACGGCAGACUUCAUGGAAUCUUUCCUGUCCACUUCCUGGAUGCUCUUCAGCGACGGGGGCGAGAAAGACGACCCCCUGGCGCUCUUGUCGGAGGGAACCGAAGUCGGCGUCGAUGGAGAAGAUGAAGAUAACGGCGUGGAAGGGCUGUCAACGGGAGAAGCUUCGGGGUCGAGUUUCUCUUCGCCCAACCUGUCCGAACCGAAGCAAGUGGAGUGGGCGGAGGGUGCUAUGCCUCUCGAGGGGCUCAAGGAAGGCAACGUGACGCUGAGGAACAGAACGGGGCUCGAACUCGCAGUCGGCACCACAGAUUUCCCCCAGAAGUCGCUCAGGAUGGGGGGCAUCGACACCGUCAGGCUCCCUUUCGACACGCAACGCAAUCGUGCCCGUGCGGGACAGUUCGACCUUCGCGGGAAGGCGGCGUUGGUAGAAUGGGGAGACGAGGACAUGCGGAGCGCAAGGGAGGGCUUGCCGCCCCUACAGGUGGACCGCACCGGCGUGUUCGUGUUUCCGCUCUGUCCGACUAACUCCGUGCCAUCUGGCCACGUCGUGUCGCCCCCCGUUGUGGUGGAGGCGUAUCAGAACCAGCGGUUUAACAUGAUUACCAGGAGGUGGUCGGCGCCGUACUUGCCCGGAGACGGACCAGAGUUCGCGUCAAAGGAUUGGCGCAACGCCUACUCCAGCGAUGAUUCCCAAGAGACUCCCCUGGAUUCUAUCGCUCUACCCGACGAGAAGCAGUGGGAGUGGAGGGACGACUGGCACGUGGACUUCAGCAAGGAGGUUGGCACGGAGAUCGACGCCGCCGGGUGGGAGUACGCCGUCGAGUUCGGGUCGUUCAACCUCAUCGCCAGCAGCCGCACCCGGAGAGAUCUGGACCAGGCGCGAAGACGCAAGUGGAUUCGCACCCGCGCGCCCAAGCCUCUCCCCAUGGAUGACUCGUUCCGCCCGCUGUACCUCGCCUGGGCAGUUGACGUCACGCCGCAGGGCCGCCUCGAAGCAACGAUCCGCUCCACAGUCCAGCUGACGAACAACACUGGCGUGCCCUUGGACAUGAGGGCUCUGUGCUCAGCGUGGAAAACGGAAGAGGAAGAACGCGACGGGGGUGUAUCUGCGCCUGGCUCGCCGUCUUCCGCCAAGGGUCUCGGCAGGCGUUCUCUGGGCCCCAUCGCUCCCGGGUGUACGUUGGACAUCCCCGUCAAGAUGGUGUACGCGAGCCACCUGCAGCUUCGGCCGGUACCAUCUUCCGACGUUUUGACUUCCAUCUCCGCUGGAGGCGGUACAGACACCUCUCGCGACGACUGGGUGUCAUGCCGAGAAGUGGUGGGUGGCGCGGGCGAGAGACAGGGAGCUCCGACGUUGGCCACCAUCAGGCUCGUCGUGCACGCCGAGACCACGGCAGAAGGCUGUGUUGUCAUGAGCAUCCUACCUCCCGUUACCGUGGUGAAUGCCCUCCCUUGCUCCCUGAGCUUCCGCGCAUUGUUGCCAUCGGGGUCGGCGGCGGGGAAAGAGGGGUCGUCAUCGGGCACGGCCCCAGCACACUCGUCGAGAUCGAGGACGCUGGAAGCGGGCAGGAUUCCAACCGCGGAAACGGCUUACCUGCAUACCCUCGAAGUCGGCGACGGCGCCAAGUUUGGCAUCAAGAUCGCGCACCACGAGUGGAGCAACGCAGAGUCUCUACUUCCCCCAACACGAGAGGAGCUGCGGGCGGGAAGCUGGGCCAACCGCGUCGUAUCGUUCAAGCUUCUGUGCUCGCGCGGCAGUGAUGGCGGCGGUGGUGGUGGAGGCAAGCAUGAAUACCUCGAAGUCCGGUGCAAUUUCGAACCGCGAGUUGGGGCAGCAUGCCCGGCGCUGCGGCUUAACGUGUUCUGCACCCACUGGCUCGUGGACCGGUCGGGUCUUCGGCUCGGGUUUGGGGUUUCGGAGAAACGGAGGCUUCCGGUGCCGGUGGUGCGGAGUAAAGCGGCAUUCGGCCACGACGAAGAAGGAAGCGAAGCCGGCGACACGGGCGAGGUGCAGCCACCGCUCCAUGUCCACGUUUCCCUCGUGGAACAAAUGUCCUGUGUCAGCGCCAAGGGUUGUGUCGCGGCCACCGCAACGGUUGGUAGCCCCCUCUACUCCGACCGCGAGUACGUGUUCAAAGAGGACUCGCUGCCGCCCGCGUUCCGCGGAGCAACCAUGAUCCGUACCGCCUGCUCCGAGAAGAACAACGGCAGCCAACACUUCCUCAGGUUCAGGGUGGUGGAGGCCUCGACGGUGCACGUGCUGUUCGAUCGCCGUUGCCCGUCCCCCCCGCGCUGGCUGACGUCCAGGUUCCGCCUUACUGCCGAGCGCGUGCACAUGGCCCACAAGACAAGCAAGGGUAAGGUUGCGGAUUGUCCCUUGGUGGUGUGGAGCCGCAACGUGCCCGCGGGUUCCUGGGUCAACCUCGGCGGGAACAAGGCUAGCAAGGCAGACGCCAUGUACCUGGUAAUCGUCACCGAGGAGGAAGUAGCCGUCUCCACCGAGGCCGUCGCAGCAGCAGGGUCAUCCGCCUCCAGCGGCAUCAAUCGCAAGAUCAGCAGCCGGGAGGAUCUCUUAGAGUCGUGGACCCUCGGCACCGAGGGCCUCGCGCUCUGCAACUCUCCGGAGGAGCGGGUGCGGGUGGCGGUGCCUGAAGGCGCGGGGCGCGGCAUCGACGGCGAGGGCGGAGGCUAUGGUGACGACGGUUUCGGAAGCUUCACGCGGGACGCGUGGUCGGACGAGCUCGAUGUUCCCGGCGGCGCAAACGGAGUGUUCCAUGUCAAGGGCACCCAGGGAGAGAUUUUCGAGCUAGCGCUCCGGGCGGAGGUGUGUCCAGGCACUUUCCGCCGCACCACCCAGGUCACCGUGAUCCCCCGCUACUGCGUGGUCAACCUUCUAAGGGAAGAGAAUAUCUGGCUCAAGGAAGCCGGGGCGCCGGAGGCCAGCGCCGUCUGCAUCCCGCCUGGCGGACGGCUCCCGUGGCACUGGAUGCUGGGGAAGAACAAGCAGUCCGGCGUAAGGGUUCGAACGGAGGGCACGGCCUGGAGCUACGGCGACGUGGUCAUGAACCGCGUCGGCACUACGGCCCUACACAUCCCUUUCUUCGGUGAGGAUGAGGAUCUCGACGGACAGUACAGGGGACAAGCCGGCGGGCCCCCGAUGAAGAUGCCGGAGACGUUUGGCGGGUCCAGCAGCGGCGGGACAAGCGGGAGUGGCGGAGGCAAAGGCGGAGGGCCGACGCGACUCGACAAGCUCGACGGAGAGCAGACGGUGGUGCACAUGGACGUGCAGCUCGCCGACAAGACCUUCGUCGACGAGUACGCUGUGCUCGUAGUUUUCUGGAAGGCCAACGCGCGGUUCGCCCCCAUCUACUCCGCCCGCAACGCGAGCCCAGUCGCCGUGCGUCUCCACCAGGCCGGCGCCGACCGCGAGCAGCGGCAGAUCCUGAGCGAGAAGGCCAUGUGGAAGCUCCCGUCGGGACAGAGGCGCCAGAUAGGGUGGGCCUACCCAGCCUCGCCGCGCUCUCUGCUCAUCUCCGCGGGUAGAGGAACUCGCGCCGUCGAGCUGAGCACCGACACCGUCGGCAACUACGCCAAGAUCCCCACCGGCCUCACCAGGGGUGCCUCCGGCUCUGCCGCCGCCGCCUCCGGCGGCGCCGCUUCUGGCCGUAGCGCAAGCACUGGUGUAACGGGCCCGCCCUUUGUCUGGGCGAGUAUUGUCGUCAAGGGCGCCACCAAGGUCGUCCACAUUUCGCCAAGGCCUCCCCACGGUAGCGGGGCCAGGAAAGGGGGUGGUAACGGUGAAGGCGACGGGAAGCAGCCGGACCAAAACCUCGAAAAGGAGGCCGCGAAUAAGCGCAAGCGCGAGAGCGAGGCGCCGGCGCUGGAGCUUGCCGUCGACAUGCGAGGGUUCGGGUUGAGCCUGAUCGGACCGGUCAACGGUCGCCGCCAAGAGCUGAUUUACGCGCAGAUUUCCGACGUCUGGGCGAAGCUGUCGCGAGACAGGCUGUCGUCUGUGCAAGCGUCGAUCGGCUCUCUCCAGGUAGAUAACUACCUCUCCGACGGCGUCUACCCGGUCCUCGUGGGCAGCAGGAAGGAAGAGGAGUCCUCCUCCGACAGCGGCAAGGGUAGCCAAACGCAGCAAGAGACGCCCUUCCUUCAGGUGUCGAUCAUCAAGGAGGUCAACCAGGCCACCAACACGGCCCACUACGACUACGUCGCCUUCCGGAUGCUUGAGGUGGACAUCAUGGCGGAUCGAGCAACCCUCCUGCACCUGCUAGUAUGGUACAAGCCGGUGCAGGGGUACCUCUUGAUGUGGCGACAGCAGCUCGACAGCCACGCCUGGGUGGCGAAGCGCACGGCGGAGGUGCUGGAGAGGGGUAUGAACGCCGUCCCCGGCGGUUUCGUGGACGUUGAGGAGGUUCGGCGCACCGCCCGCAUCCAGCGGAAGUACUUCAAGACUAUGCGGUUCCACCCCAUCAUUCUGCGACUCAGCUACGCGAGGACCCCCGCGUCCAAUGCGCUCAUGGAGGAAGCCGGGAUGGCCAUCAUCAACAAGAUCCCGAGCAUGGUUAAGAGCAACGUGGACCUGGCGUCCUACCUGGUGGAGGAUGCCUUCGGCUCCGUCAGGGACAUCUCCAAGAACGUCGUUUCGCACUACACGGUGGCAGGCAGCAUGCAGGUGCUCAGCCUCGUGGGGUCCAUGCGCGCCUUGGGCAGUCCGGCGGACCUGAUCAGCAACAUCGGGGGCGGAGCUAAGGCUCUCGUGUACGCGCCGGCGCAGGGUCUGGUGCAAGGGCCGGCCGAAUUCUUCGAGGGGGUUGGUCGCGGCGCCCAGAGUUUUGUCAAAGGCACCGUACACGGGGUUUUCAACUCCGUUGCAGGCGUCGGCGGAGCUGUAACCGACACCGUGUCCAAGCUCACCUUCGACGACGAGUACCAACUCAAGCGCGAGAGAGACAAGAACAAAGCUCUGGCCAACCAGGGCGGCCUCGGGCAAGGGCUUGUCCAGGGGGGCAAGAAUAUCGCGGGGGGGUUCACUUCGGGAGUGUCUGGAGUCUUCACGGAUCCCGUGCGUGGCGCCAAGAAGGGCGGCAUGGGCGGAUUUUUGAAGGGCGUGGGGAAGGGCCUGGUUGGUGCCGUGGUGAAGCCCGUCGUGGGGGUGACCGACUCGGUCAUCUCGGUCGCGCAGGGCAUCUCUAACGAAGCGGAGAACAGUCAUCGGCAGGCCCACCUUCGUCCCCGCCGGGCCUUGACCAAAGACUCGGAAACGGGUCAGCUGGUUCUCAUGGAGUUCUCCAUGGAAGCUGCCGAGGCACAGGCGCUGGUCGAGAGCGGGGUGGAGGGCAAGGGAAGCAGCAGCCGAGACAAGUACGAGUCUCACGCGAGGGUUGGCGACCUCACUAUCAUCUUCGCGAACACCAGGGUGAUCAUGGUCAAGAGGGCCAAGAGUGACCACCUAGGCUCGGCGAAGAUCGUGGACAAACCGGGCGCUGCCAAAGCCUCUCAGAUGGUGUCCAAGAGGUGGGAAGAAGUGGCAUGCGUGGACGUCCAAGACGAGAGGAUCGUCGUCAGGCGUUACGAAGGCGGGGACAUCUCGCUCAAGGCCACCGUGCCCUCCAACAGGGAGGAGCUGUACCGGCAGUUCUACGUGCACCGCAACAAGAUGGGCGACCCGACGGCCAUGCGCACCCCCGAGGAAGUCUUCGGCACCGGCAGCGCUGGGAAUUCCGAAACGGCGGCACCGGUGGUGAUGAGCAUGAGGGCUCACAGCACGGCCGUUCAGGACUCCCUGAACGACUACACAUUCGGAACUGCCAACGACCGGAAGAUCCCGGGACACAAGCUCAGCGACUCUCAGAUCCUUAAUCGGGCAGAGCGGCAACUCCAGUCAGUUGGCGUCGGGAACUGGAACAACCUGGACGACAUUGCCUGGGAACUCGUGCAAAACUGGGAUAACUCCCACAACGGGCUGUGUGCUACCCGCUGCCUGUGCGUGGUUUUCAUCAACGCCUCCGCGUCUACCGUGCAGUUCCGCGAAAUGAGGAGGCGGGACGGGCAAGGCUUCCGUCUUCUGAUGGGUCCCCUCUGCAACGCCGACUCCCAGCAGCUCAUGCCGGGGGGUGUCGCCAUUCUGUUCGCCUGGGGACACUCCUCCACCAACAUCUUGAAGAAAGGAUAUGUGGUGAUGGUGGCGGAGACGACAGCGUUCUCGGGCGUGUUUGCCGUGCAGCGGGAGAAGGUGACAAUGCUGUCCAAGGGCGGCUUCCAGGCCGGCUUCCUCGAGAAGACCAUGCAGGAGUGGUGGAGCAAGCAGGUCGUCGUCAUCAAAUAAAGGGAUCGAGAGACUGCAGUUCGGUCCCAGAGGAGGACAACAUUGACAUUUUGUUUUAUGUGCGUGUUGAGUGUGGGAAGGAGUAGAACCGUCGGGAAGUUGUGGAGCGCGCGCCGAUCGCGGUGGCCGCUGUUUAGUUAUCGGUCUUGAAACCUACAUGUAUAUUAAAGAAGUUGAAAGGUGGCAGUGAGAGGACGCAAAACGUUGCCAACCAGCGGCGACGGAUGGAGCUUCCUUCCAGAAGACGUAAGUUCCACCUGUCAUUUUUUGUUUAGUCAAGCUGGCCUGAUGUUGAGGAGUGAGGAGGAGCAAAAUCGGGUCGUGCGGAUCGAAAACGACCGUUUUUGUCGAAGUUCUUCGGCGUUUUUGUCGAAAGUCUUGGACAAGGGUUUGAUACGAGGGUGAGGCCCAGUGUACGGAUCGUUGCGGACAACGAUUGCAAAAACAUGGUUGGCGACUUGG